AGGACCUCGGGCAGUGAUGAAUUACAGAGGAAGACCCAGAGGAGGUCCUAGAGUAGGACCACUUGGGGCACAUAGGGGGAGCAGGGGAAUGGGUCACUAUGGCAACGGAAUGGGAGGACGACCGAUGGGACCAAGGGGAGAUGACUACCCCUACAGAAAAGAUGGUCAUGGAGGAAGGGCCGACCUCAAACAGUGUAACCUCUAUCUGGAGGCCAUGAAGAAGAAUAUGCCCACCAACCCGGACACCCUGUCUCUCUACUGCCCUGCCUGCAGCUACCUGGCCAGGAACAACAUGGACUUCCUGAACCAUCACAAGUCCCGCACACACUCCAACCAGAUGGCCCGCGUCGAGGAGAUGCCGCCAUACAUCGACAAGCAGGUCAAGGACACUAUUGCCAAGAUCUUUCAACAGCGCAAAGACCAAAAGUCUCUAAUGUUCUGCUCAAUCUGCGACCUUGAUCUACACAUUCCUUACUCAGACCAUAAGAAUUUGGAACUUCAUAAGAUUCGCUGUAACACAAUCAAGCUUGGGUGUUUAAUAUGCAAGACCAAGCCCUUUAACAGUUUCUCCGAGUACAAGGCUCACUGUAAGAUUGACACCCACAUAGAGAAAGCUGAGGUGGAGAGAAGGAAGAGUGAUGAUCUGAUAGAGAGAUGCACUCAGCUGGUGGGUAGACUGUAAAUUGUUUAACUUAUCCUAUCUCA